CGCAUGACAAAUUGGAAUUCCUCUAAAUCCGCCAUUUUUGAGCUGGUUAAAUUGUCGGAGUAAUAGUACAUGUGAUCUAGCGUCAAUAUGAAAAUUGAAGAGGUUCAAUCGACUACCAAGACACAGAGGAUCGCAACUCAUAGCCAUGUGAAAGGUUUGGGUUUGGAUGAAAGUGGCGCGGCCUUGCAGGCAGCAGCCGGCCUCGUUGGACAAGAGUUGGCAAGAGAGGCUGGUGGUGUGGUUGUUGAUCUCAUCAAAUCCAAAAAAAUGGCUGGUAGGGCUAUUUUAUUAGCUGGUCCUCCUGGUACUGGAAAAACCGCACUGGCUCUUGCCAUGGCUCAAGAGUUGGGUUCAAAAGUGCCAUUUUGUCCAAUGGUGGGAAGUGAAGUUUUCUCAACAGAGAUAAAGAAAACUGAGGUGCUCAUGGAGAACUUCAGAAGAGCAAUCGGCCUUCGAAUCAAAGAAGUGAAGGAAGUCUAUGAAGGGGAAGUUACUGAAUUGACUCCUUGUGAAACGGAAAAUCCAAUGGGAGGCUAUGGUAAGACUGUAAGCCAUGUGAUCAUUGGUUUGAAGACAGCCAAGGGUACAAAGCAGCUCAAACUAGAUCCUUCAAUCUAUGAGAGUUUACAAAAAGAAAAAGUUGAAGUGGGAGAUGUUAUAUACAUUGAAGCAAACAGUGGAGCUGUUAAGAGACAAGGCAGAUCUGAUACAUUUGCUACAGAGUUUGAUUUAGAAGCAGAAGAGUACGUACCGUUACCAAAAGGUGAUGUGCAUAAAAAGAAGGAAGUUAUUCAAGAUGUCACUUUACAUGAUUUAGAUGUUGCCAAUGCAAGACCACAGGGAGGGCAUGACAUAAUGUCAAUGAUGGGGCAGCUGAUGAAACCCAAGAAAACAGAAAUUACAGACAAACUUAGAAAAGAAAUCAACAAAGUAGUUAAUAAAUACAUUGACCAAGGCGUAGCUGAGUUAGUUCCUGGUGUUCUAUUUAUUGACGAAGUUCAUAUGUUAGACAUUGAAUGUUUUACCUAUCUACAUAGAGCAUUAGAAUCCUCACUCGCUCCUAUUGUUGUAUUUGCGACGAAUAGAGGUAAAUGUGCCAUUAGGGGCACAGAUGACAUAACAUCUCCACAUGGCAUUCCGUUAGAUUUGUUAGACAGAGUGAUGAUCAUUAGAACACUACCUUAUUCACAGGAUGAAAUGGUUCAAAUUAUACGUAUCCGAGCGCAGACUGAAGGUUUACAGAUAGAUGAUGAAUCUCUGGCAUUGCUUGGAGUAACUGGUGCCAAAAGCACAUUAAGAUAUGCAAUUCAGUUGUUGACACCAGCCAGUCUACUCGCCAAGAUCAAUGGUAAAGAUUGCAUAAACAAAGAUGACGUUGAAGAGAUUACUGAAUUAUUCUAUGAUGCCAAGUCAUCAGCCAAAAUAUUAGCUGAACAAGGCGACAAAUUUAUGAAGUAG